AUGGACAAUAAUCCGGGGGUGCAAGCCCAUGUAUAUCCUGGACCGGAUCCGCCGCCAUACUCCGGCCCAGCACCUGGAUCCAGCUACCCAGCGUACGCCGGAUACCCGGUUACAAAUCAACCACAUGUAACCGUGGUACAUCCGAAUACCACAAUUAUGCAAGGAGCCACUGUAAUUCCAGCUGUGAUAGUCACAAACAAUAUGGCUCCGGGACCUACCCCAUACGUUUGUCGGUCAUGCAAUCAACAAAUAGUCACAAGAGUGGAAAGAAUCCCUUCAAUGAGAACACAUUUGUGUGCUGUGCUGCUAUGUCUUAUAGGGUUCUGGCCAUGUGUGUGUGUCCCGUACUGCGUGGACUCUUGUAACAACGCUGAACAUUACUGCCCUAACUGCAGCGCAUACGUUGGCUCAUACUCUGGAUAAAUAAUUAACUAAUGUUCAGUCAUUAUCUAUUGUGUCCCAGUCGGUCGUAUCCCCGCAAAAAUUUGUCAGCAGACCAUUGAAUUAUAAAUGGAU